GCCGCGCAGCGUGUGACGCCGCGGCCGCGGCGGAGCUAGGGAUUAAUGGGAAAAGUUUUGGCAGGCUUCGGAGGAUCCUGCGGAGCCUGCGGGACGGCAGCGGCGGCGCGGGAGGCGGCCAGGACAGUGUUGCGUGGUGUUUUGGGCAUGCACGUGGUACUCACGCAGUGGCUUCUGUUCACCGACAGAUGAGGACAGAUGCACCAAAGAGGACUGGUUCAGAUGCAGAGGACUAUACAAGGGCUGAUGGCAGCUGCCCUGUAGAGGUCCGUCUGCGUUCAGACCCAGAUGAUGCCAGAGCUAUGACCGGGCCUGCAGGCGUGGUGCCGAGGGGAUGUCAGCCAUGGAGCAGCCACCGGGGGAAGCCCCUGAGGUCCGGGAAGAGGAGGAGAAAAAGGAAGUGGCAGAGGCAGAAGGAGCCCCAGAACUCAAUGGAGGACCAGAGCGCUCACUUCCUUCCAGCAGCUAUACAGACCUCUCCCGGAGCUCCUCGCCACCCUCACUGCUGGACCAGUUGCAGAUGGGCUGUGACGGGGCCUCGUGUGGCAGCCUCAACAUGGAGUGCCGUGUGUGCGGGGACAAGGCAUCAGGCUUCCACUAUGGUGUUCACGCGUGUGAGGGCUGCAAGGGCUUCUUCCGCCGGACGAUCCGCAUGAAGCUGGAGUAUGAGAAGUGUGAGCGCAUCUGCAAGAUCCAGAAGAAGAACCGCAACAAGUGCCAGUACUGCCGCUUCCAGAAAUGCGUGGCGCUCGGCAUGUCGCACAACGCCAUCCGCUUUGGCCGGAUGCCAGAGGCCGAGAAGAGGAAGCUGGUGGCAGGGCUAACGGCAAGCGAGGGGAAUCAGCACAACCCACAGGUGGCUGACCUGAAGGCCUUCUCCAAGCACAUCUACAACGCCUACCUGAAAAACUUCAACAUGACCAAAAAGAAGGCCCGUGGCAUCCUCACCGGCAAGGCCAGCCACACGGCGCCCUUUGUGAUCCAUGACAUCGAGACAUUGUGGCAAGCAGAGAAGGGCCUGGUGUGGAAGCAGCUGGUGAACGGCCUGCCCCCCUACAAGGAGAUCAGCGUGCAUGUCUUCUACCGCUGCCAGUGCACCACGGUCGAGACCGUGCGGGAGCUCACCGAGUUCGCCAAGAGCAUCCCCAGCUUCAGCACCCUCUUCCUUAACGACCAGGUGACCCUUCUCAAGUACGGUGUGCAUGAGGCCAUAUUCGCUAUGCUGGCCUCCAUCGUCAACAAGGACGGCUUACUGGUGGCCAACGGCACUGGGUUCGUCACCCGGGAGUUCCUGCGGAGCCUCCGGAAGCCCUUCAGUGACAUCAUCGAGCCCAAGUUUGAGUUUGCGGUCAAGUUCAACGCCCUGGAACUUGAUGACAGUGACUUGGCUCUCUUCAUUGCGGCCAUCAUUCUCUGUGGAGACCGGCCAGGCCUCAUAAACGUGCCCCAGGUGGAGGCCAUCCAGGACACCAUCCUGCGUGCCCUCGAGUUCCACCUGCAGGCCAACCACCCGUACGCCCAGUACCUCUUCCCCAAGCUGCUGCAGAAAAUGGCUGACCUGCGGCAGCUGGUCACCGAGCACGCGCAGAUGAUGCAGCGCAUCAAGAAGACCGAGACAGAGACCUCGCUGCACCCCCUGCUCCAGGAGAUCUACAAGGACAUGUACUGAGGGCAUGCGCCCGGGGUCUCUGGGGGCAGGCGGACAGAGCUGGGGCAGACGCCGCCCUCGGGACUUACCCGGAGAGCAGUCCCCGAGCCCUGGGCGCCCACGGGCCCGGAGCAGUGGAGCCACACUGCCGCGCUCAGACACACGGCUCCUUGCUCCCUGCGUUCGCUCCCUCCCCGUCUUCAUCUGCCUCUUUCUCAGAUCCUCUUUCUUCUCUAAUUUCUUCGCUCACUCGCUCUCUCUUCCUGUCUCUCUGUAGGUUUCCCCUCUUCCUUCCUCCCUGGCCUUCCCUUUCUCUCUCCCCAUCCCUGUGUCUGCCCCCCUUUCUCUUUCUGUGAGACAGUUUGUGUUACUUCACCAGCAGCAUGGAACAUGUCCUCUGCUUUCGUCUGCCCCGUCCCCUGUCCCCCAGGAGCAGGAAGGAAUGGGCCUGCCCUCUGCACCAACAGUCACCUGCCAGGGUAGGCGCCUCACUUCUGUCUUCACAGCAAAGGACAUGGGCCAGCCAAAGAAACACUAAGCUCUCUGGGCCCAGCUUCCUGGGGAAGCCACCGGGGCCCAGGCUGACUGCAGCAAUGGCCCCCGAGUCAUGGGGGCCCUGCCCUGAGGGCCAGGACGCCUCCCCCAGACUGUCACCCCCUCCCCCUACCCAGCCAACCCCUCUCUAGCAGCACGCCCCAGCCCCACUGUUACCAGCGCCCUCUCUGUUCUUUUCACCAGUCUUCCAGGCCAGUGUCACUGCUGGUCCCCUGCGCUGGCCGCCAGGGGACACCCCUAGCCUGGAAGGAGAUGGGCUUCCCUUCAGGUGGGGGCCCCCACUGAAGAGGAGCAAGCCUCGAGGGAGGCAGAGGUUGGCAGAAAAGGCAGCAAGCGGUGUACUUAAUUCUGAGCCCAGGCCUUGGGGUCAUGGGCGGCCCCUCUCCCACCACUUUGCAGCAGCCACCACCCACGACUCCUGUUUCUCAGGAGUUCCUGGCCUCAGCCUCAACCAGGAGCCCAGAGGAAGCUCAUGCACGCCCCCCCCCCCCCCCGCAACACUCCAGCACACACAAGCACUGAAUCACUUUACCUGGUUCCACACCCCUCACCCUCCCUUCCCCGAGGCAGAUGGGCCAGAGGGGCCUCCAGGUGAGCGGGCACAGCUGUGCCCUCGUUCUCAGAUCCCUUGGUAGGCAGGGGUGCCCUGCUGAACCAGCCCAGCACCCGCUCAUGGGGGAGGUGCAAGGGAUAAACUGAUCCCGCUCAGUGUGACAUCCAUUUGUCCCAACAGUUCUGCUGCUCUCCCCUUCCCCUGUAUUCAGCCCAGCCAGUCACCGGGAACUCCCCCUACACAGCCUCUGGUGACCAAGGACCUUGCCAGGCCCAGUCCCACUCCUCUGGCCCUUGCAUCUACCGUUCCCCUCCUCCCAGGUGAAGUAUUCGGCCUCAGAGGAGGGACUGAAGCCCAGCUUGGAUGCUGUGUCUGAGCAGAAAGUCAGAGAGCCCACCCAGCCUGCUUCACCAGGAAGGAAACUGGCCUGGAAGGGUGAGGGACUGGUGAGGGUCUCUGAGAAAGGUUGGGGAAGACCUGAGGUUGGAGUCCCGUCCAUCUGCCCCUGCCUUCCAUGCCCUAGGAUCAUUCUCUACUGACAAGAUUCUUCCCUCUCCCACCACCACCCCCAGCUGACCAAGGAUUGGGGUUAGGGUGCUCCCUUUGAGCCAGCGCUGUGAAGGGAGAGAUGCUGUGCCUGACCCCCACCCCCUCUCCGCCACCACGCACCCCCCCGCCCCCGCCCAGGCCUGGUGCUGAGGAUAUAGCUCUUAGUGUCUGAACACAAUCUCCAAAAUCGAAAUGUAUAUUUUUGCUAGGAUCCCCAGCUUCCUGUGUUUUUAAUAUAAAUAGUGUACACAGACUGACAGAACUUUAAAUAAAUGGGAAUUAAAUAUUUAA